AUGCGCAGCUUCACAACGCCAAUUAUCUGGGACGAGCCAAUGGCUGACCCUUUGGGCCCUCAGGUUGAGGCCGUAGGACCGACCGCCAACUCGACUUACGAGUACGUGAUCGUUGGCUCUGGUGCUGGCGGUGCUCCAUUGGCGGCUCGCCUUGCUCUUGCCGGUCACAGUGUUCUGCUCAUCGAUGCCGGAGAGGAUCAUCACAUGGAGAGGCAGGUGGCAAUUCCUGCGCUGAACGGAUAUGCCUCCGAGUAUAACCCGAUCAGAUGGGAAUACUUUGUCGACCAUUACGAGAACGAGACACAAGCGAACCGGGAUAGUAAAAUGACAUAUUUGACCAAGGAGGGAGAGUACUACGUGGGACUUUAUCCUCCCGAGGGCGCAGAGAAACUGGGAAUUUACUACCCCCGUACCGGCGCUCUUGGAGGAUGUACGGAGCACAAUGCCCUGGUUACAAUCAAGCCCACGGAUAAGGACUGGGAUGAUAUUGCUGCUCUGACUGGUGACGACUCGUGGAGUUCCGACAACAUGUUGCAGUACUUUGAGAGGCUGGAAGCUUGUCGAUACCUUCCCAAUAGUGUUGUCGGUCACGGCUUCACCGGAUGGCUGCAGACUCGCUUAACACCCAUCAUCUUGAUCGCGGAAGACUUCAAGGUUGCUUCUCUUGUCGUUGCUGCCGCCACUGCCAUGGGCAAUGGUCUUCUCGGUGCCGUGACCGCUACAGUCACUGGUUUGGCAGAGAUUCUAACCCUCGACGUCAACACACCGUCAAGCUCCCGCGAUGAUGACGAGUUGCUCUACCAGAUUCCCAUGUCCGCUACAGAGGAUUACAUGCGCUCUGGUCCUCGCGAUUUUGUUGUUUCUGUUGCCAAUGCCACCAACGACGAUGGAUCCAAAAAGUACAAGCUUGACAUUGCGCUAAACACGCUCGUGACCAAGGUCAACUUUGACACCACUGGCGAGGCUCCCAAGACUACUGGCGUCGACUACUUGUACGGUCGCCACCUCUAUCGUGCUGACCCUUAUGCCAACAAGACCGAAAAUACCGGUAUCUCGGGCCACGUUUACGCCUCCCGCGAAGUUAUUCUCGCUGCCGGUUCUUUCAACACUCCUCAGCUCCUAAAGCUCUCUGGUGUUGGCCCUGCCUCUGAGCUCGAGUCGUUUGAUAUUCCCGUUGUCAAGGACCUACCCGGUGUUGGUGGCAACAUGCAAGACCGAUACGAGUUUGGUGUUGUCGGACAGGCCGAGUCUCAGUUCGCCCUUUUGAAAGAUUGUACAUUCCUCGAGGGUGAUGACCCGUGCUAUGACAACUGGAUCAACAAUAUUGGCGACCUAAAGGGCGGAUACACCACGAACGGUAUUGCCUUGGGUUGGUUGCAUCACUCCUCCGUUACCGAGGAGGGUGAUGACCCCGACCUGUUUUUGGGCGGCAUUCCUGCUUAUCUAAACGGCUACAAACCUGGCUAUUCAAUUACCUCGACUGAAGGCCUCAAUACUUGGACUUGGCUUACCCUCAAGGCUCACUCUCGCAACAAUGCUGGUACUGUCAACAUCACCUCCGCCAACCCCCGCGACACGCCCAAGAUUGUUUUCCGCUCUCUUGCGGAAGGUAUUGGCGGAGACAAGGACCUGCAAGCCAUAGUCGAGGGUAUGAAGUACGGUAUCAAGGCCUUUGAGAGUGUUAUUCCUCUCGACGGCUCUUUUACACGUGUUUGGCCUCCUUUGAACGUUUCGACCGACGAGGAACUUGCCCAGUUUGCCCGCGAUGAGGUCUGGGGUCAUCACGCUUCUUGCACAGCCCCUAUAGGUACCGAUAAUGACCCUCUCGCUGUGCUUGAUAGCAACUUCAAGGUUCGCGGCGUCGAUGGCCUCCGUGUCGUUGAUGCUUCCAUCUUCCCCAAGAUUCCAGGCAUGUACAUUGUCACUGCUAUUUACAUGGCUAGCGAAAAGGCCGCUGAUGUCAUCAUUGCCGACGCGGCUUCUUCCUAA